UUCCGCCCGCCUCUUCCGGCUCACUUCCGCCCACUCCACCCAGGGCUCGGUCGCCGGAAAAGGCUUGCGCUUUCUGGGGUUCGGCUUCUCUGGAUCGAAUCCGGACACCGUCAAGAUGCCGGCUUACCACUCUUCUCUCAUGGACCCGGACACCAAGCUCAUCGGUAACAUGGCACUGUUGCCCAUCCGAAGCCAGUUCAAAGGACCUGCCCCUCGGGAGACCAAAGACACGGACAUUGUGGAUGAAGCCAUCUAUUACUUCAAGGCCAACGUCUUCUUCAAGAACUAUGAAAUCAAGAAUGAAGCAGACAGGACCCUGAUCUACAUCACGCUCUACAUUUCUGAGUGUCUGAAGAAACUCCAAAAGUGCAAUUCCAAGAGCCAAGGCGAGAAAGAAAUGUACACGCUAGGGAUCACCAACUUCCCCAUUCCCGGAGAGCCUGGCUUUCCCCUCAAUGCCAUUUAUGCCAAGCCUGCGAGCAAACAGGAGGACGAGAUGAUGCGGGCAUACCUCCAGCAGCUGAGGCAAGAGACUGGACUGAGGCUGUGUGAGAAGGUUUUUGACCCUCAGAAUGAUAAACCCAGCAAGUGGUGGACUUGCUUUGUGAAGAGACAGUUCAUGAACAAGAGUCUUUCGGGGCCUGGGCAGUGAGAGGAGCCUGGGCAGCCACCGCCUGCAGAGCCACGGGCAGCAUCACAUGGAGGCACAUCAUAGGACACACGGGCCUAUGUGUCUGUUCAUACCUACUGUGUCAAGGAGUGAGGAGAGCCUGUCUUUGCCGGAAAAGCUUUUGGUCAAGAAUUGGGAGGGUGGGUAUCGGGUGAUUUCAAUUUUUGGCAGUUUCAAGCUGGUACUUAAUAUAUAAUAAAUGUCGCUGCUUAUGUUAGACAUUGAAUUAAAACAUUUUUGAGAAAAAGCUU